CUUAAACGAUGAUGUAGUACGUACCAUGCCGUACGGCAUCGUACGGUGAAUACAUACAGAGCUUCACGGACAGAUUGUUUCAUCGCUGCAAGCUCUCAUCAAAAAAUCAUCACACCGAUGUAACAAAAAAUCUCGAUCGACAAACAGCAGUCGCAAUCACUUCUGAAAAAAGACACUAUCUCCACAGUGCCGGAGCUAUCAUCUCUUGAGGAAAGAAUCCGACAAAUCUAUUGCAGGGUGCAAAGAUGAAACUGGAUUUCGACAAGGACGGUGACAAGAACAAAUACAACAACAGCGGCGAAACGAAAACGAAACCCGGUGAUCCAGAGGAAUUCGACGUUCUGUUUCCCUACGACAGAAUUUAUCCGGAGCAACAGCAAUACAUAGAAUGUGCCAAGCGCGCGUUGCACGAAAAGGGUCAUGGCCUGAUAGAGGUACCGCCGGGGACGAACCAGUCCUUGUGUUUGCUGUCCUUGUUGACAUCGUACCAGCAACAAAAUUCAGCAAAACCUCCCAGCGAUACCCAUAGAAAUGGCAACAAUUCCCUCCCACCACCGCGGAGACGGAUCGUGUACGCCACGAACAGUGCACCGGAAACCCGGAGAGUGAUCGGGGAAGUUGCCAUCGUAAUGAAUCACCGGCAGCAACAGCAGCAGCAACAAUCGUCGACAACAUCCACAUCGCACAAGAACAAGAAGAGGAAGCAGCAAAGUCACUUGUUGUUCGACAACGUCGAAGGCGGGUUUUGGAAAUCAACCACGACUACGGACGAUCCAAACAUUCGCAACAUCGAUCACUACAACGAUAGCCAUGCCGGAAAUUCGUCGUCGUUUCCAUUUUUAGCGUUGUGUCUUACCGGUUUCGAGAGGGACGCGAUCGACGACGCCUGUCGAAGAGCGAAUGCCGGAGACGACGAAGUCCACCGCAAUGAUCCGCUACGAUUUCGAUGUUCCAUGACAGAUUCCGAAAAUCCACCUCCGAACGGAAUAUUCUACAGCUUGAAGCAACUACACGACUGGGCUUUUCCCGAGAGGCCAAACGGUCAAAAAUCCGGAAUCGGUAACAAUCAUGGCAACAACGAUGUUGAUAGUAUGGAUAUCGAUUCUCCUUUUACGACGAAAGUCAGUACUGGCCGCUGGUGUUGCUUCCAGCAUUUGAUAAAGUAUGCUAUUCACCACGCGAAUGUGUUGGUUGUCACGUAUCCGUAUUUACUCGAUCCGAUGACGGCCAUGAUGAUCGGUAAUGCUAUAUAUGAUGUGCCACAACUAAAGAACAACAAAGACGGCGACAACAAAGAAAACGAUAAGAGCAGCAACAAUAACACAACGGCUAUCAAAAGCGAGGAGCUAACGAACAAAACGAAUGCGAUUGUUGUAUUCGAUCACGCCCACAACAUCGACGCGGCGUGCGUCGACGCACUCAGCGCAACCGUCAACCUACAGGAUCUAGAGCAGGCCACGCGAUCCCUCGACAAAUUGUCGGCCGAGAUAUCGCGUUUGUCCCAGCAUCGGAAACAACAGCAACAGCAACGCCUCAACUCGUCCUCUGAAACCCCAGACAUAAAAACCGAGGACAACAACAGCAACAACAAGUGCGACGACAUCCCUCGUCCGCUGAAAGACGAAUACGACGAUCUAGUUGGAAAACCCAUCGAUCACGGGAUGUAUCGGCCGAUUCUAUUCCCUUCGGAGGACGUUGUCAACGAACCCGUUCCGGGGAACAUCCGUCGCAUGAAGCACUUCAUUGGGUGCAUGAAAAAAAUCGUGGAGCACUUCAAGGUUCGGUUGCGCUGGGCUACGGAAACCAAGCGGCAGCCGACGACGGACAACAAAUCCAAGAAGAAGAAAAUGGGAACCGGGACGGUCUCCCCCCUGGCCUUCUUGCACCAAAUGAUGAACGCCACCGCACUGGAUUCGAAAACGCUGCGGUUCGUCUAUUCGAGAGUCGUGUCCAUGCUGCGGACUCUGAACGUGUCACGAGAAACCUUUACUGAGCUCAUCAACGUUGCAUAUGUAACGUCCUUGCUCGGAUUCACCAAUACGCUGGAAAGCUCGAAAUUCGCCAUUGUUUUGGAGCAAACGAGUGUGGUGAUCGGACACCACGCAAAAUACCAACCCCAGAACCACCAUAACAGUGGUGGCGGCAACGGCGUCUAUGGCAGCAACACAGGGAGCCACGACGAGGGACGAAGAUCCGAAUGUUUAAUGAUGCUCCAGGUGGCGUGUUUGGACCCAUCCCUGGCCAUCAAACCGAUAUUUGAUCGCUUCGAAACGGUGCUUCUGACAAGCUCGACGUUGUCGCCGAUUCAUUUCUAUGUGAGUUGAGUUUUUAUUGUCACUAGAUGGCGCAACCUAAUGGAUUGUAGUGCUUGGGUCGGAGUCCGAUUUUCUUGCGAACUCACUCUUUGUUUUCGAUUGUUUUGCAGCCCAAAAUACUUCAGUUCGAGCCGGUUGUUGUGGAGUCUAUACCGAUGUCAACCAUUCGACCUUCGGUCAACCCCAUCAUGAUUUCUCGUGGUUCCGAUCAAUUGAUCAUGUCGACGGGGUACAAGGAGCGAUUCACGAUGGGGUGCAUACGAAACUACGGCAAAAUGCUUGUGGAUCUCGUGAGCACCAUUCCCGAUGGCGUCGUCGUCUAUUUUCCCUCCUACAGCUAUAUGGAAGCCUUGAUAUGCGAAUGGGACGCCAUCGGAAUAAUGAGAGAGAUGACGGAAUGGAAGCUUGUCUUUGUGGAAACAAAAGAUAACCUCGAGCUGAACACCAUCGCCCUGGACAAUUACAGAGCGUCGUGCGACAUCGGCCGCGGCGGAGUGUUUUUCUCGGUGGCCCGGGGCAAUAUUUCGGAGGCGAUUCCCUUCGACCUGCACUACGGCCGGGCUGUGGUAAUGAUCGGCAUUCCCUACGAGUACACGCUGUCCAAGGUCGUCCGGGCCCGAUUGGAGUACAUCCAGACGCACUUUGACAUUCGCGAGCAGGACUAUCUGACCUUUGACGCCUUGCGGCAGGUCGCAAAGUGUUUCGGACGGGUGAUUCGCUCGAAGAUCGACUACGGUGUGUUCGUGUUUGCCGACAGCCGGUUCCACCGAAAUGACAAGAAGACGAAGUUGCCGGGCUGGAUCUCUCAGUUCCUGGCCGAGGGCCAGCAGGACCUCACCACGGAUAUGGCCGUGGCUCAAAUAAAAUCGUUUUUGAGGCAAACGGGCCAGCCGGUCGAUCAAAAACUACUCCAGAACCUUUUAGCCCACGGCUAAAAAAGAAAAUUGUCGAUGGGCACAGCAUGCUAGUUUCCUCGGCCUCUCGUUUUGAAAACGAAGAUCCUUGAGUGGAAAAUGAACUGGUGCUUGUAUAUUCCGGUGCACAACAUAGAUACGUUCAAUAUUCCAUGUAGCACUUAGAAUAUUUCAAUUGGAUCAGCUUCGUCGAUCGAGUCCAAUGCCACGAUGGUAUUCACACAAUAGGCAUAUAAGCUAGUAAUAAUAGUGGACAGCUUUG